AGACCAGAGCCAACCUUGUCGGAAUCCUUCCCGUUAUUGGAAUUGGAAGGUCCUCGUCCCACCACCUUCACAAAUCACAAGGCGGCAUCUCCAUCUCCAGGUAGCACCACUCGCAACCAUGGAGGCGGCUCUGGUGAGUGCAGCGACAGGAGCCUUGAAACCAGUCCUGGAGAAGCUCGGCGCUCUGGCAGGCGAUGAGUACAAGCGGUUCAAGGGCGUGCGUGGCGACAUCAGGUCGCUUACCCGUGAACUCACUGCCAUGGAAGCGUUUCUUCUCAAGAUGUCAGAGGAUGAGGAUCCUGAUGUUCAGGAUAAGGUGUGGAUGAAUGAGGUGCGGGAGCUCUCCUAUGACAUGGAGGACUCCAUCGAUGACUUCAUGCAGAGUGUGGGCAGCGAAGAUUCAAAGCCAGAUGGCUUCUUGGAGAAGAUGAAGAACUCGUUGGGGAAGAUGAAGGCUCGCCGCCGGAUCGGCAACGAGAUCGGUGAUCUGAAGAAGCAGAUCAUCGAGGUGGCUGAGAGGAAUGCAAGGUACAAGUCCCGUGAGGCCUUCUCCAAGGCCAAGAAUGCAACCGUUGACCCUAGAGCUCUUGCUAUCUUUCACCAAGCCUCCGAGCUUGUCGGAAUUGAUGAACCCAAGGCUGAGGUAAUUAAACUGUUGACUGAAGGUGUGUCAACACAAGAACAUGUGAAACUGAUCUCUAUUGUGGGAGCCGGUGGGUUGGGCAAAACAACUCUUGCAAAUCAAGUGUAUCAAGACCUCAAAGGAAAAUUUGAAUGUCAGGCCUUCUUAUCUGUGUCAAGGAAUCCAGACAUCAUGAAUAUCCUACGAACUAUUCUUAGUGCAGUUAGUGGCCAACUUUAUGCCAACACUGAAGCAGGGAGUAUACAACAGCUCAUCAUCCAGAUCUCUGAUUUCCUGGAACACAAAAGUUAUUUUGUUGUUCUUGAUGAUAUAUGGGACAUCGAUACAUGGCAUGCUCUUAAGCUUGCAUUUCCUGUGACAAGUUCUGGCAGUAUCAUAAUCACCACUACUCGUAUAAAUGAUGUUGCUGAAUCCUGUCGUUCAAGACCAUUUAGUGGAGAGAUGUAUUGCAUAAGGCCUCUUGGUAUGGUGCACUCUAGGCAGUUAUUUUACACAAGAUUAUUCAACUCCGAAGAAAAUUGCCCAUCAUACCUUAAAGAAGUUUCUGAGCAUAUUUUGCAAAAAUGUGCUGGGUUGCCUUUGGCAAUAAUUGCUAUAUCUGGUUUGCUGGAUAAUAUUGAAAAGGCAGAGGGUUCUUGGAAACAAGUUAAAGAUUCGAUUGGUCGAGCACUUCAAAGAAAUCCUAGCAUUGAAGGAAUGAUGAAGAUACUGUCACUUAGUUACUUUGAAUUGCCUGCUCAUCUAAGAUCUUGUCUGUUAUGUUUCAGUAUAUUCCCUGAAGAUUCUAUUAUUCAGAAGAAAGUUUUGAUAAAUAGGUGGAUUGCUGAAAGAUUAAUUCAUACAGAAGCCGGAUAUAGUAAAACAUAUGAGUUUGGAGAAAGGUGUUUUAAUGAGCUCAUCAAUAAGAGUUUGAUCCAACCUGGGGAGCCAGAUAGAUUUGAUAGGGUCAUGAGUUGUCGACUUCAUGACACAAUUCUUGAUUUCAUCAUAUCCAAAUCCAUCGAAGAAAACUUUGUUACUUUGGUAGGUGUUCCUAGUUUGAUGGUUGGGACACAAAGCAAGGUUCGUCGGCUUUCCCUGCAAGCCGGCAAACAAGAAGAACUGAUAGUGCCAAGAGGCUUGGUAUUGUCGCAUGUCCGAUCACUUGAUCUGUUCGGGACAGCAGUAAAAAUCCCUUCUAUGGAUAAGUUCAGGCAUUUGCGUUUUCUGGACUUUGACGGUUGCAGACAGCUGGAGAACCAUCAUCUUGAAAAUGUUUGCAGAUUGUUUCAGCUGAGAUACCUGAGCCUCCAAGGAGUGGAGAAAGUAAGCAAGCUCCCAGAACAAAUGGGACGCCUAUGGUGCUUAGAGGUACUGAAUUUAAUAGGCACCUCUGUUUGUGAGUUACCAGCAUCUAUAGUCAAUCUCAAGAGAUUGGUGCACCUAUUAAUCAACACCAAUGCUACACUUCCUGGUGGAAUUUGCAAGCUGCAAGCACUGGAGAAAUUGAAUGCUGUCACUGUCUAUAACCAGUCAUUUAAUUUCCUGCAAGAACUUGAGCAGCUGCAGAGUCUGAAGGCAUUGGCCCUUGAUUUUGAGGAUUAUAGUUCUGCUGACGGAGCGGACGCUGAAAAUGAGUCCAAGAAAACUAUUAUUGUCGCUUCCCUUAAAAGCCUAGGAAACCUUCUCUCUCUAACUGUUUGGGAUGGCCCCGAAUUAGUAGGGGAAUCUCUGUGCCCUAUGCCACUUAGCCUCCGGAAGCUUGCGGUCUGGCGUUCAAUUAUUCCCCAUGUUCCAAAGUGGGUGGGCUCCCUUGUUAACCUCCAAAAGUUACGCCUUGAAUUGGUCCGAGCUGAGCAGAAAGAUUUCUAUAUCCUUGGAGGCUUACCUGUUCUGCAUUAUCUGGCUCUGAAUAUUGAGGAAAGUGAAACUAUAAAUACUCCUUCAACGGAAGAGCCUAAAGUUACAAGGGUCAUAGUCUGUGGUGAAGUUGGAUUCCCGUGCUUGAGGAUAUUUAAUUAUGAUAGCACGUUUGCUGUGAUGAAUCUGACGUUUGCGGCUGGAGCCAUGCCCAAGGUAGAUGACCUCUUGAUAAAAUUUGAUGCAGAAAAAACUGAGUCUCUUGGUACUGGCGGUGCUUUUGAUCUCGGAAUCGAAAAUCUCCCCAGCCUCGUAAAAAUCAGAUGUAGAGUAUGGGGGGAUGAUAGCAGCAGAGUUGAGGCUGAAAAGGUCGCCAUUCGGGAAGCAGCCAACGCACAUCCCAACCGCCCUACUCUAUACCUCCGCUGA